CGUACAUCAAAAAGGUGAUUUUCUUUUUGGAAAAUAUUUCAAAAAAAUAUCGUUAAAUUGCAAUCUGAAAAACAUUUCAUAUUUCAUAAACAUUUGCAGACCCAUUCUCAUCAUGCUAGACUCUUAAACUCAGUGCUAGUGCGCAGUUGUGACCGGUUCAAAAUCUUAUGAAACGGGGUUGUGGUUUUCCUCUUGACUGUCAAAAUAGCUCCAGAAAUGUUUUAUUAUUAUCUGGAAAGUCUUGGCAUUAAAAUGCUCCGAACAACUCUUAAAGAUUCCAACCCGAAAUGCAUCUCCUGCAAAAAGUAUGACAAUCGAAAAAGCAUUGAAUUUGUCAUUGUACCAUGCCUUUAUCUGACUAUGUCAGUUUUCGUACUAAAUAAUAGAGCGUUUCCUUAGGUGGUCUCGCUGUUUUCAAAAGAACGGAACAAUAGAAGGAAUGCUGUAUUAUUCUGCACGAUAAAAUAGUAAGCUUCAUCCAAGAUCGGUACAAAUUGCAUCAAUUUUUUUAAAGCACAGACGAACCUUAACAUAUUUGCAAACGAUUCUAUUCAUUUACCAGUUCCACUAAUGCAUUGUUUUAAGAAGAGGCGUACGUCAAAUAAAUAAAUAUUAAUAAGACCUUUUAUUCGUUUUCUUCUUUCAUUUUAGGUGGAGAUGAACCGGUUGGUACACAAAUACCUUCGAUGGUCCCGAAUUUCUUUGGCAGUAGUAUUGAUUGGGCGUACACUACCGAGCCAGAAAGUAGUGCUUGUUUAAACGCAGAAGGACGCCGUUGUACUUGGCCGCGUGGCAAAGUUUUGGGUGGCACAUCGGUACUCAAUGGCAUGAUGUAUAUACGUGGCAAUCCCGAGGAUUAUGAUAACUGGGCUGCAUUGGGCAAUCCUGGUUGGUCAUUUGAGGAUGUACUGCCGUUCUUUAUGAAAUCAGAGGAUAAUUUACAAUUGGAUCAGGUGGAUAAGACCUUACAUGCGAAGGGUGGACCGCUACCAGUUUCACAUUUCCCCUACAAUCCACCUUUGUCGUAUGCAAUAUUGAAGGGCGGCGAGGAGUUGGGCUACACGGUGCAGGACUUAAACGGUCGCAACUCCACCGGUUUUAUGAUUGCCCAGAUGACAUCUCGCAAUGGUAUACGUUGGAGUUCGGCACGUUCGUUCCUACGACCGGCACGUAAUCGCAACAAUCUACACAUUCUGCUCAACACCACCGCCUCGAAGGUACUCUUCAAGCCCGACAGUAAAACAGUUGUUGGCGUAGAAGUGAUGGAUCAGUACGGCAGCUCACGCAAGAUAUUCGCCAAAAAAGAAGUGAUCGUCAGCGGUGGAGCCGUCAACUCACCACAAAUACUACUGCUUAGCGGCAUCGGACCAUCUGAAGAGCUAACGAAGGUGAACGUACGCCCCAUACACAAUCUUCCCGGUGUUGGCAAGAAUUUACAUAAUCACGUUGCCUACUUCACCAACUUCUUCAUUGACGACGCAGACACGGCACCACUAAAUUGGGCCACCGCUAUGGAAUAUUUACUAUUUCGGGAUGGUCUCAUGUCGGGCACCGGCAUUGGCGAUGUCACCGCAAAAAUCCAUACACGCUAUGCCGAUGUACCGAAUGUGCCCGAUGUGCAACUGUACUUCGGCGGCUAUUGGGCCAGUUGUUCGCGUACUGGUCAAGUGGGCGAAUUGCUCUCCAACAAUAUGCGCUCCGUACAGAUUUUCCCCGCAGUGUUGCAUCCCAAAUCGCGUGGUUCCAUUACGCUUGCCUCCAACGAUCCGCUGGCACCGCCGCGUAUCAUCGCCAAUUAUCUUACCGAGGAUCGCGACGUGAAAACACUCAUUGAAGGUAUAAAAUUCGCAAUUAAACUGUCGCAGACAGCACCGCUCAAGCAGUAUGGUAUGCGGGUGGACAAGACACCGACAAAGGGCUGCGAAUCGUUAACUUUCGGCACGGAUGCGUACUGGGAAUGCACAGUACGACGCGACACUGACCCGGAAAAUCAUCAAGCCGGUUCCUGUAAAAUGGGUCCCGCGAGCGAUCCGUUGGCAGUGGUGGAUCAUGAGCUGCGCGUACAUGGCGUGCGGGGCUUGCGUGUCAUGGAUACGUCCAUUAUGCCACAGGUAACAUCUGGAAACACACAUGCGCCGGCGGUUAUGAUCGCCGAGAAGGGUGUGUACAUGGUGAAGCGUGCAUGGGGCGCCAAAGUUUGACGGCUAGACGCAACGUGGACGCUGCAUAGAGUAAUUUAAAAAAGAAAGCGAAAAAAAUACAAAAAAUUUAAAGCAAA